AUGUCAUCCCCUUCCCCCUCUCCAAAGAAGCAGAGGAUGAUUCGUGGGGAGCUUUACCAUGCUUUCGCACCAGAACUCAUCGCAGACCGUGCACGAGCCAAGGCAGCCAUGAGGCGCUACAAUGCUGCCGUAGGGGAGGUAUCGCGACGAGAGGAGGUUCGCCUCUGGAGAGAAGUAGUAGGCGACACCGCGCCUCUCCCCCUUGAGCUACUUGAUGCUGCGGAGGACAAGGCACAGUUUGAGGACGAUCCAAUAGUAGGUGUCCCUGUGUUGGUAGACUAUGGCACACAGAUCAAGCUGGGCAAAGGAGUCUUUAUCAACUCCUACUCAACGUGGAUCGAUACCUGCCCCAUCACCGUCGGCGACCGAACGAUGUUUGGACCCAAUGUCUCGUUGUAUAGUGGCAAACAUCCCCUGGAGCCCGAGAUUCGCAACGGUAUCAAAGGUCCGGAGUCGGGCGCGCCAAUUACUAUUGGAGAGGACUGUUGGAUUGGCGGAAGUGCCAUCAUUUUGGCAGGAGUGACCAUUGGUCGAGGUUCCACGGUGGGAGCUGGAAGUGUUGUCACCAAGAAUGUGCCACCAUUUCAUGUGGUGGCAGGCAAUCCUGCACGCGUCAUACGCAAGAUCAAGUCCACGUUAGACCCCGAGCAGAACGUAGAAAGGCGCGAGCAUAUUGCUCAGUGGGAAGAUGAGUCGCAAAUCAACGCCGUUGUCAUUGACUUUAGCGACAUGCGAGAAUUCCAACAAUCAGAUCCGUCUGCGCACAAUCCUCGGACACAUUAUGCAUCCAUGGCCCGUGAUAAUGCUGACAAUUCAUCGAAAGGGCCCGUUACCGACUACAGUUCUACUGUCACGCACUGGCUGCGGAAUAGACUCCCCAAUUACAAGGGCUCGUACAAUGGCGAGGCAGAACGACCAAGUGCAAGCUACAUCGUCGACAUGCUUCCACCUGCUGCGCGACCAACAAACGCCGCGGACACUAUCCCCAUCAAACAUCUUCACUCCUCACUCAACAAAAUCAAGCACCCCAUCAACGUGGUGCGAUGGACCCCAGAGGGCCGCAGGUUGUUGACAGCCUCGACAAGCGGCGAGUUUACGCUCUGGAAUGGCACGGGAUUCAACUUUGAAACCAUCAUGCAAGCUCAUGACUCGGCAAUCCGGGCACUGGAGUACUCCCACAGCGACGACUGGUUGAUAUCUGGCGAUCAUGACGGUCUUAUUAAAUACUGGCAGCCCAAUUUUAACAAUGUCAAAAGUAUCAAUGCACACUCCGAUCCGAUUCGAGAUUUGGCAUUCAGCCCGAAUGAUUCUAAAUUCGUCAGCGCUUCCGACGAUUCAACGCUCAAGAUAUUCGACUUUGCCCUCGGACAGAUGGAGUCCAAGUUGGAAGGCCACGGUUGGGAUGCCAAGAGUGUUGACUGGCACCCUACCAAGGGACUGCUGGUGUCGGGAUCAAAGGAUCAUUUGGUCAAGCUGUGGGAUCCCCGAACCACUCGCUGCCUUACCACCCUCCACGGCCACAAGAGCACAAUCACCAAGGUCAUGUUUGAACGCGUUCGGGGAGCUUGCCUGGCAACAUCAGCCCGCGACCAAACCGCGCGUGUGUUUGAUCUCAGAAUGAUGCGAGACAUUUGCCUCCUCAAAGGCCACGAAAAAGAUAUAUCGACGCUAACAUUUCACCCCGUGCAUGCCAACCUCCUCACCACGGGGGGCAUGGACGGCUCCCUUUUCCACUACCUCCUUGACUCACCAAAUCCGCCUGCCGGUCAAGCCUUGACCGUGGCUCCCUAUGACAGCAUGGCUCCGUCCACCACACCAGCCCAGUCCGUAUGGCCGAUGCACAGAAUCCCAUUUGCGCACGACUACGCCGUGUGGUCACUAGACUGGCACCCACUGGGCCACAUCCUCGCCUCUGGCUCCAACGACCGCAUCACUCGAUUCUGGACACGAGCCCGCCCAGGGGACGCGGACGUCUCCCAGGACAGAUACCACAUUGGCGAAGCAGCUGCCGAGGCACAAGGAACCUGGGACCGUCGCGGAAACCGUCGCCAGCGACAAGAAGAAGAACAGCAGGAAGUGGAAGAUGAGAUGGACGCACUCGUCGACCAAGACGCCCCCAAAGUCCCCGCGCCAGCUGCGCUGCCCGGCAUUCCCGGUCUCCCCCUGGGAGGCGGCUCAGCGCCGCCCGGUCUCACGGCCGGCCUGCCUCCGCCUCCUCCCCCCAUCCCAGGCGUCGGGACAAACGGCCUUCCGCCGCCGCCCUUCCCGCUGCCGGGCCUCAACGGCCCUCCCCCACCACCUCUCCCCGGCCUGGACCCCAAUCAUCCCCCGGACCCGACACAGCUCCUCGAAUUGAUGAAGAAGGCGGGCGUUCCCCUCCCACCGCCCGGUGCCCUGCCCCCGGGUCUCAUCCCCCCGCCAGGAAACUUUCCCUUCCCCGUCCCUCCCCCGCCAAUGCCCUCAGAGGAGAGUGAGACGAGACGACGCGCCCCGUUGCCAAGUCAGGAGGAGAGUUUGCGCCAGGAGCAACGGCAGGGCAAGUACACCAGGGCACGAUAG